AUUUUGGAGGAAGACUUUGAAGGACAGGCCACACACACAGGACCCAAAGGAGUCAUAAGUGAUUGGAGAAAGUUUAAAUUAGAAAGUGAAGACAGUGAAUCAAUCCCACCUAGCAAGAAGGAAGUUCUCAGGCAAAUGUCUUCUCCUCAGAGUAGAGAUGACAAAGACUCAAAAGAAAGAUUCAGCAGAAAGAUGAGCAUUCAAGAAUAUGAACUGAUCCACCAAGACAAAGAGGAUGAAAAUUGCCUUCGUAAAUACCGUAGACAGUGCAUGCAGAAUAUGCAUCAGAAGCUGAGUUUUGGGCCUAGGUAUGGAUUUGUGUAUGAGCUGGAAACAGGGGAGCAAUUCCUGGAAACAAUAGAAAAGGAGCAGAAGAUCACCACAAUCAUUGUUCAUAUUUAUGAAGGUGGCAUUAAGAGUUGUGAUGCUAUAAACAGUAGUUUAACAUGCCUUGCAGCAGAAUACCCCAUGGUCAAAUUUUGUAAAAUAAAAGCUUCUAAUACAGGUGCUGGGGACCGCUUUUCCUCAGAUGUACUCCCCACACUGCUUGUGUACAAAGGUGGGGAACUCAUAAGCAAUUUUAUUAGUGUUGCUAAACAGUUUGCUGGAGAAUUUUUUGCUGGGGAUGUAGAGGCUUUCCUAAAUGAAUAUGGAUUACUACCUGAAAGAGAGAUGCAGACCCCUGAGCAGACCAACAUGGAAGAAGAAGAUAUUGAAUAA